AUGUCGGCCAGUUUCCCCGUCCCAGCUCCCGGUCCUUUCAAUGCACAGUCACCUGCCUUCCCACAAGGAGGCUUCGCUUUUCCAGCUGAGGCAUACCAACAGGGUUUUACCACCACCAAUCCAUACCCUACAGCAAAUGGUGCUCAUCCUUCUAAUCCAAUGUUCGAUGCGAAACAAAUGAACGGGUACGGUUUUGGGACCGCCCAAGGUCCCAUGGGAGCGCCAAUGAUGUCGCCGACCACAAAUGUUCCUACACCGUUUGGAACGCAUCCGAUGCGUCAUUUUCCACAACCAGCCAUGCCAAAAUGUGGACAAAUGCGGCAGCGUAUGCCUCAACAUAUAGGAAAUAUGAUGGCAAUGAACGGUCAGAUGCACAUGAUGCCGAAUAAUCAGCAACCACCGAUGUCGCAACAGCAGCAGCAGCAACAACAACAACAACAACAACAACAGCAGCAGCAGCAACACCAGCACCAACAACAGCAACAACACCAACAACACCAACAACAACAACAACAACUUGCUGCUCAACAACAGCAGCAACAACAACAACUUGCUGCUCAACAAGGAAUGUCCCAUCCAGCGUCCAAUGGUCAACAGAUGCCUCCACCAACACAGUCGCCAAGUCAAUCUGCUCUACUGUCAUCAAGUCCGAUGCAGGCAAACAAACCAAGUCCAGGAUCGAAUAGGAAUAUUUUCCCUCCUAACUCUAUGAGACCACCAUCGAACGGUAGCGGUCAUCUGAAAUCUGAACCAUCACCAGCAAGUGUACAACAGACUACCUCCAGUGAUCAGAUGUCAAUGAAUUCUGGAGUGUCCGCUAGUACAACCCUAAGUCCUACGUCAUGUUCAAUGUUUGGUGCGAAUUCACAAGGUGGUGGUGUUGUUGGUGGACAACCGCCGGAUCAAGGACCACCACAACCACCCAAUACGAAUACUCCAUUCCCACUUGUUACACAUUACGAUAUGCCUCCAGCGUUUUUACAUUUACAAGAGUCAUUCCAGAUGAGGAAUCCAGCCCUUCAAAUGUAUUACAAACGUCGGAAAACAUUAUUAGUCCUGCCUUAUCCCAAUGCUCCUAAUCUUUCGAACAUAGCUCCUGUGGAACCUCCAACUUUUGCCUUUCUACCACAUACGAAACAUUAUGAUGUGACGUAUGAUCGACGAUAUCCGAUGAAUCCGAUGUCACAAGGUCAACCACCGAUGCAUAGCCGACAACCAGUGCCAAGUCCUCAAGUGAUGUCACCUGCAUUCCAACAGCCGCAACCACCGAAUAAGCCUAAAGCACCUCCUGUAAAGAAAGCGCGAAGUGAUUCUACUGAUGGUGGUUUCCCAGGGAUGCCAUCGAAUAGCGGGAUGAUGAUGGCUCCAGGAUGUCUACCUCGACCAAUGCAAUUACCACCGGAAAUGUCUCAUUAUGGUGGUGUACCAACAUCACAAAUGGGAAUGAAUCCUGCUGCUGCUGGUAUGCAGUGUUAUCCAGGAGCUUCUCCAAGCGCUGUACCUACUAGUUCGACAUCAUCGGGUGGUAAUACAACUCCUAUGACUAUGCAUAAUGGGAUGUAUCAUAUGGGAGUUCCACAUAAUCCACAAUCCAUGAAUCCAAUGGGUAUGCCACAACAGAUGAACGAUAAUCGAUCACAACAUGUUCCUGUAUCUGGCGUCUACCCAAAUAUGUCAAAUGGACAAAUGUCAACGAAUGAUCAACAACCCAUGAGCAGCCCAAGGAAUCAGAUGAGCCAGCCUCCUUAUCAACAACCAGGAAACCAGUUCGAUAUAUCCCCUCAAUGUCCAAAGUGCUUAUGUCUAGUGUCGCCAACAAAUCGUUCUGUACAGUGUAAUGGUCCAUGCAUGCGUUUAUUUCAUCAGAAUUGCACUGGUUUACUCCCUCGAGCAUUUGCUCUGUUAGAAGAGGAUCCAAGUGCAAAGUGGGUAUGUGGUGCGUGUGAAUCUUCGGUCCUAUGA